AUGCUCGCUGAAGUUGACGUGCUUCUUCUCGAUAUUGAGGGCACCAUUUGUCCCAUAUCCUUUGUCAAGGAUAUCUUGUUUCCGUAUGCCCUGAAAGCACUCCCAAAAGUCUUGGAUGAGCAGUGGGAUAGUUCGACCUUUGCACCGUAUCGGGAGGCCUUCCCGGAAGAGUACCGCAGCGACCGUGCCGCUCUACAGGCUCACGUUCAGGACCUAGUCGAGCGCGAUGUGAAGGCUCCCUAUCUCAAGUCCCUCCAAGGUCACUUGUGGAGAUAUGGCUAUGAAACUGGGGUGCUCAAAGCUCCUCUGUUCGACGAUGUCCCUGCUUUCAUCAAGUCUGCCCGCUCUACUGGUAAGAAGAUCAUGAUCUACUCUUCCGGCUCGGUCCCUGCUCAAAAGCUCUUCUUUGGCCACACGACGGGUGAUCCUUCCGAUAUGACGCAUUUCAUAUCGGCUUGGUUUGAUACUGUAAAUGCUGGACCAAAGACUGAGGCUGAGAGCUACACUCGAAUUCUUUCAGCCGUUCCAGACACGAAGCCUGGUCGCUGGCUCUUCUUGAGUGACAAUGUCAAAGAAGUCGACGCUGCACGAGCCGCCGGCAUGCAGAGCUAUCCUGUCGUCCGCCCAGGGAAUGCACCUCUGCCUGUGGAUCACCCACUGACCAGUUCAGCUGUGUCUUCCUUUGUUUCUGCUUAG